AGGUUAAUUUUGUGAUUUCGGACAACGCCUCUUUUAUCGUGGUGAAGGCCAUAAACAAACGGAUAAGACCGUUCCAGUUUUCUUCUGGGGACAAAAUCCACCGAUGUUUGUUGUGUCGAAAUGGCCACAGUUCAAUCCCACGCGCACGCUAGCGCCUACCCUUUCCUUUCCUCGUCCUCUCCUCGCUCUUCCGCCCCCAACUUCACUGCUAAACCCAAGCGAUUCUCUGGAGUGAGGUGCGCAGUGUCUCCACCGAAAUGGCGGGAGAGCCGGCGACUGGUUUCAAUCUCUAUGCUUUUCUCUCACUUGCUCCUUGUACCCAACUGUAUGCUUGGUUUGAUCUUAGUUAUACAAUUCGUACUAUCAUUUCACAGCCAAAUAAUAAAGGGGAAAGUGUUAUUACUAUAUUCAAGCUUUUUCUUUUUGCCUUUCAUUGUUUUUCAAUCAAUUAUGAUACUGUCAGUUUUGAGUUGCUUCAAAGCUAAGUCAUGGCCUAUUACUUUUAAUACUGCAGAUGCCAUUGCGGGUAGCUUUUUGGAUAAAUACGUGAAAAGGAAGAAGCUUGAUCCACUUGAGGUAUAUGUGCCUGCUGUUAUAUUGACUGAGUUCCAGAUUAAGGACCUAGAGAAAACUCUGGAAGUUGAUAAACCGGAAUAUGCCAUCUGCAGAUCCCUACUACGUUCUGGUCCAGCUGCAUCUCUACGUAUAAAUAUUCGAGCUGUCGCACAGUAUGCUUCUGAUGCUGGCAGUGGUGAAAAUGCUUUCAAUGACGUUGAUCAAUGUCUCAGAGCCUUGGAGGAGCUGGAUUCCUUGCUUCUACGGGCAUCACGAAACAACCCAGAAGCCUCAGUAAAAUCAAUGAAGGCAAAGAUUGGUACUGCCCUCAAUGCGCUGGACAGCCUCCUUCAAACAGUUCCUUCCGAUGUGUUAAAUCAAGGGAGGGAAGUUGCAGAUGCCUAUAGAGCUCCUGAGGAUGACGUCAAGCCUGACGAAUUGGACCCAGAUAUUAAGCAACUGGAAUCACUUUUAUGAAUCCAUAUAUGCUCUGCUCUGUAACUUGCGAGUGAGCCCAUAUUCUCUCCUUGUAUCCUUGAUAAAAUUUCCGACCACAACAAUAUAAACGUCUGACGUGGACCCACAUCCUCUCCCAUCUGCUUCUUUCUUAUCCCCAUACUCUUUGUUAUGACUAAAAAAAACCAAUAGAUGACAAUCAUUGAAUUCAUAGUUCCCAGGCAAAAUUGGAUCAGAACCGAAAGAAAGAUUGUUAAAGGUCAUGACUGCUAUACAUUUUACUGGCUUCUUAAUGUUUGUUUUUAUCACCCAUAACUACUGGUACUAAAUUUUGGAAGUAAAAUUUUCAGAUUUCAUC